UGCGGCAGUGGCAAGCGCCGUUAGAUCAUUCACAUUCUGACGUUCCACGCGUUCGGUUGACAUCCCACAUCCAAUCUGUAGCCCCAGAUUUAUCUCUGGGAUACUGUGUGAAAGACGAAACUGGCAAAACACAAAAAACUGAACCCGAAAAAUCAAGUGGAUUAUAGUUCUCGGACAAAGUGGAACAACUUCUGCCCAAAAGUGUAUCCCCCGAAAAACAUCAUCUAAUUCAAUUAAACCACGUGUGUGUUCCACCCCCAAACCCUUCUGAAACUCAAAAAACUUUAACUCAAUCUCCAACUUCCUUUGGGGCCGAUUAGACCACUGAUUGACUGUGAAGUUACUUCAGCACCUGGCACGUGGCACUCCUUUGUGAUUCUUGUACUCGAGAACUUUUCAAAAACUUCUUCAAAGUGUUUAAACGCUCCUGCUUCAGCGCCAGCAAAAGUUUCACGUGUGUUCCUUGUGCUGUGAAAAGUGUGGGAAAACCUGAUCGAAACGAAAGCUAAGAAAAGGCCAAAGCGAAAAGAGUCCGCAAAGGAAAACGCAAGGAAAGGGAUUUUCUUCUGUGACACGCUUGAAGAAUUGCUGCCAAAAUUUUCACGGACGGUAAUAAGCUCGGUCCUGCAGCUGCGGGCAGAGGAAUGUUUUGCUAUCAGUGCCCGCCCGCCCUCCAUCCCUGCGGACCGCAUCCGCCGCGCCUGCCAACGCUCGACUAUCCCUUUGCCGCCACCCAUCCAUACACCAGCUACUCGUAUCAUCCGGCCAUACACGAUGAGACCUUUGUCCGGCGGAAGCAGCGACGGAAUCGCACCACUUUCACACUGCAACAGCUGGAGGAGCUGGAGACGGCAUUUGCCCAGACCCACUAUCCGGAUGUGUUUACGCGCGAGGAUCUGGCCAUGAAAAUCAACCUCACAGAGGCACGUGUUCAGGUCUGGUUCCAGAAUCGUCGGGCCAAAUGGCGCAAGGCGGAGCGGCUAAAGGACGAACAGCGCAAGCGGGAAAAUGGCGAGAGCAGCAGCUCAUUGGAUAAGCUUCACGACUCACGCGAAUCCUCGCCAGACAUCACCGGCGAAAUAGAUGACGACAUGGACGAGAUGCCGCGUCAGCGCUCCCACAGUCCCAUGGCCAACGGCCCCAUGGAGCAGCAGCAGCACUCCCACUCGCACUCGCACUCCCACAGUCCUGGCGGCAACCUGCAUCUGGACUCCAGCGACAACGAGCGUCCUUUGUCCUCCAAUCAGUUGACUGCCACUCCGCACUCUGCCUCCCAGUCGCUGGGCUCCAUCAGUGCCGGCUCCCCAUCGCCGGGCAUGCGUGAGCACACGCCGCUGGCCAGCGGCCAGGCACCCAGCAGCCCCUCGAACUCACGCAACACCGACUCGCCCAUCGAGGUGGGCGGACCCAUGUCGCUGACCACCGGCUCCCGGAUGGGCCAACACUCCUCGAACAACUCGGCCUCGUCGACGCCAACGCCCACGACGCCGCAUGCCCCACAGAUGCCUCACACUUCGGCUGCAGCGGCGGCGGCCUUUGGUAGCCAUAUCUUUGGCAGCUUUGGUGCUGGAAGCUCAAGCGAUAACAAUUGCGGCUUUCGUCCGGUGCUGAGUGAACAGAGCGCCGUGGCAGCAGCGGCUGCAGCGGCGGCGGCACAACGUGGCACGAACCACCAUCCACCGCUCUUCCUGCCGCCCCAUCUGGCGGCGCAGUUCUCGCAUCAGCCGCUCUUUCCGGGCCUCAAAGGUUGCUCGCCCUUCCAGAGCCUGUGCUCUUGCUGCUCUCUGAAGCCGCCACCGCUGCCGCCCUCCUCCUCCUCGGGGGUGGCACCCUCGAUGAGUGUCCCUGUGAGCAGCAGCUCGGCGGCCAGCUCCCCGGAAUCGCCCAAGUCCAGCCAGGGAUCGGGGGGCCAUGAUCCACGCUCCAACUCCGUGGCAGAGCUGCGGCGCAAGGCACAGGAGCACUCGGCGGCACUGCUGCAGUCGUUGCAUGCCGCCGCAGCUGCGGGUCUGGCCUUUCCGGGCCUUCAUUUGCCACCACUCUCCUUUGCCCAUCAUCCGGCCUUGGGACAGCACUCGCACUCCCACUCGCACUCGCACUCCCAUUCCGUGAAUCACAACAACAACACGUUGAGGAUGAAGCACGAGGCCCAGGACAUGACCAUGAACGGCAUGGUGGCAAGUGGGGCAGCAGGAGGAGGACAAGGAUCAGCCAUUAGCUCAUCCGCUGCGCUCUUGGAUCUGGCCGAAUCGGCAGUGGCAUAUCAACAGCAUCAACAGCAGCAGCAGCAGCAACAGCAACAGCAGCACCACCAACAGCAACAUGCAACGCUGUCACCCCCAACCACGCCCACACAACAGCAGCCGGCAUCAGUGGGAGUGGCAGGUGGGGCAGGUUCCCCAGGAUCCGGAUCAGGAUCAGGAGGGGCUUCUGUGAAUGCCAAGAGUGAAUAAAGAGGCGAGUGUGGGUGCAAUUUGUGCAAUUAAAAUUAAAAUUAUUUAAAUCUGAAAUUUAAAUAUUAAUCUAAGCAUUAGUUUUAACUCUAAGUUAAAGUAAACAAUACACAAAAAAACCACAACAAAAAUAAAUACAAAAUAAAAAUAAUAAAGCACUUUGAAACAAUACUUAUAAAAACGAUUAAAAGAUACUUAGUUAGAGUAGAGUUAUUGCUGCGAGAGAGACACAGAGAGAGAGAUAUAGAGAGAGAGAGAUAGAGAGAGAGAGAGAACUAUCUCCUCAGAUAACCCCCUGAUCUAAGCAGCAGA